AGCAGCAGAAGAAGAUACAUAGUAUUGUUACCUAACGGCGGUAUGUAUGUAUGUAUGCAUGUACCUCCCUCCCUCUAUCCUCUCCUCCUAUCCCUUUUUUAUUUUAUUUUAUAUAUAUAUAUAUCUUUUCUAGAUCUUCUAUCCAUUUCUUUUUUUUUUCUUUUUCUCUGCUUUCUUUGUGGCAUUUUCAUUCUUGAUUUUCAUUGUCAUUUCAUUUCAUUUCAUUUUUGUUAUAUCUAUCAUGACAUGACAUGUAGGGGUCGGUUGGUGAUGAUGAUGAAAUCAUACCUACUGAUAGAGUAGGUAGGUAGGUAGGUACAUAAUAAUCAAAAAGCAAAGACGUAAAAAAGAAAAAGAAAGAAAAAAAACAUCAGACGUAAAAAAAGGAGAAGUAAACGUAAAAAACAUAAGAAACGUAAAGAUCGUAAUCUACAUCGCAGGUAUG